AUGGGCGGGAAGAAAAAACAUAAGACCAAAAGAAAAACUGAAGAAUUAGAGGCGACAUCAUUUGAUGUAAAUAGUGAUAUAAAUGUUGAUGACAUUGAUAGUGCUGAUAAAGACAUCGUAAAAUCACACAAAAGGAAACAUGCAAGCUAUGAAAAUAAUACGGAAAAUCAGUACGAUAUGAGUUCAGAUACGGAAUCUAAGCCUAAAAAACCAAAGAAGAAAAAAAAUCUUAUAUCAUCAGACUCAUCAGAGAAAAAGAAAAAAAAAUCAAUUCGCCAAAUGAAAAGGGAAAAACACGCUGAACGUCAAGCUGCAGCUGAAGCAGUAGCAAAAGACCAACUUAAAUCUCAAUGUCUCAAUUAUUUGUCACAAUGGAAAUAUGAUAGGCCUAAUUGGAAGUUCAUGAAAGCAAAGCAAGUUUGGCUGUUUAAAAAUAAGUUUUCAUCUAACCUUAUUCCAGACGCUUCAUGGCCAUUAUUGUUAGAGUAUUUCGAAUCUGCCAAAGGUAACAUAAGAAAUUUGUUAUUGGCUGAUGCUAAUAAAAUAAUAAAACAAAUGGAUGAUUGGACAGAUUUGCAAAAUAAUGAAGAAAAUAAUGUACCAGAGGAUCAGCAAGAUUCAUCAGUUACAAAACCUCAUGAUACUGUUUAUAAUAGAGCAAGGAGCUUAAUACAGUGUUUAGAAGAAUAA